AUGUCUCCUAUUGUUGGUAUUGCUUUCGGUAACACCACAUCUUCUAUUGCCUAUGUCAACCCUAAGAACGACGUAGAUGUGAUUGCUAAUCCAGACGGUGAACGUACGAUCCCUUCCGUGCUAUCUUACGUCGGAGAAGACGAGUAUCAUGGUGGACAGGCUCUUCAGCAACUACUCAGAAACUCUAAGAACACUAUCAUCAAUUUCCGUGACUUUUUGGGCCUUUCUUACUCCGAGUGCGAUGUCUCUAAGUGCGCUGCGGGUGCUCCAGCUGUGGAAAUUGACGGAAAGGCAGGGUUUGUCGUCACUAGAGGCGACGGCAGACAAGAGCAGCUAACGGUCGAUGAGGUUGUCUCGAGACACUUGAACAAGUUGAAGCUUGCCGCCGAGGACUACAUCGGCCAAAAGCUGUCUGAGACAGUCAUCAGUGUACCUACAAACUUCAGCGAUGCUCAGAAAAGCGCUUUGCGUGCUGCAGCCAAGAAGGUUGGUCUGAAUAUCAUUCAACUCAUUAAUGAACCAUCAGCAGCUCUUUUGGCUCACACCGAGUCAUUUCCAUUCAAAGAAGAUAGCAACGUUGUCGUUGCCGACUUUGGUGGUAUCAGAUCAGAUGCAGCUGUUAUUGCCAUUCGUAACGGCAUCUACACUUUGCUAGCCACUUCACAUGACGCUAAUCUCGGUGGUGAGAAUUUGGAUGAAGAACUAGUCGAAUUUUACGCUAAAGACUUCCAAAAAAAGAACCAAACAAACCCUAGAAAAAAUGCCAGAUCCAUGGCGAAACUAAGAGCUAACGCUGAGCUCACCAAGAAGACUCUGUCCAAUGUGACCACUGCCACUAUCUCGAUUGAUUCUUUGGCCGACGGUUUCGACUAUCACACAUCCAUCAACAGGCUAAGAUAUGAGCUUGUUGCCAACAAAGUGCUAAGCAAGUUCGCUCAAUUCAUUGAAGACGUCAUUUCCAAAGCUGAAUUAGAUCCAUUGGACAUUAACGCUAUCGUUCUGUGUGGUGGUUCCUCCUUCACUCCAAAGCUGAGCUCCAACUUGGAGUUUCUACUUCCAGAAUCUGUGGCUGUUUUAGGCCCACAAUGCAAAGAAGCAUCCAAUAACCCCAACGAGCUUUUGGCUUGCGGUGCUGCUUUGCAGGCUCAGUUGUUAUCGAAUUACGACGCAGACGAAUUGGCCCAAGCUUUGGACCCAGUUGUUAUCAACACGCAACAUUUAAAGAAGGCCAUUGGUCUAGUUGAUGCAAAGGGUAACUUUGUGCCAGUUCUUUUGGCCGAAACGUCUUUCCCAGCCAAGAAGACCAUCACUUUAAAGAAAGCGAAAGGCGAUUUCUUAGUUAGUGUUUAUGAAGGCGACCACCACAUCAAAGAGACUAUUGUCGAAGCUAAUGCUAAAGCAGAGCAAGAUGACGAAAGUGACUGGUCAGACGAGGACGAUGAGCCGGAGGUUGUAAGAGAAAAGCACUACACCUUGGCCUCGAAGCUCAUGGAACUAGGUAUCAAAGGAGCACAAGGUUUGGAAUUGUCUUUCAGCCUCAACAACGUCGGUACCUUGACAGUUGCCGCCAGGGAUCUAAAGUCCGGCAAAGUUGUGAAGGGUGAAUUGUAG